AUGUCUAAAAUAGUACGUUCAAUAAAGAAUGUUGCUGGUGGUUAUCCUUCAACUCAAGUUUUAGUCAGAAAUGCAACAUCAAAUGAUCCAACGGGUCCAACAACUUUUGAUAUGGAAGAUAUUGCUUCAUAUACUUAUCAAUCUCAAACUAAAUUUAUGGAAGUUAUGGACAUGUUAGAUAGAAGAUUAAAUGAUAAAGGUAAAAAUUGGAGACAUGUUGCAAAAUCAUUAACGGUUUUAGAUUAUUUAGUUAGAUAUGGUUCUGAAAAAUGUGUUUUAUGGGCAAAAGAUAAUAUUUAUAUUGUAAAAACUUUAAGAGAAUUUAUCCAUUUAGAUGAGUAUAAUAAUGAUCAAGGUGCUAUAAUUAGAGUCAAAGCAAAAGAAUUGGUUUCAUUAUUAAGAGAUGAUGAAAGAUUAAGACAAGAAAGAGCUUCGGCCAGAAGAGGAAGAAGAGGUGGUAAAAAUAAUGAGUUUGAUGAUGAUGAAUCUAAUGGUGGUGAUAAUGAAGAAGAUUUUGAAAAUAGAAGAAAUAGAAGGAGAAGAGAAAGAAAUAGAGAUCAAGAUGAACCUUAUGAUGCAGAUUUACAAAGAGCUUUAGAAUUAUCAAGAAUUACAGCAGAAGAAGAAACAAAUAGAAAUAGACAGGAAGAAAAUGAUCCUGAUUUAGAAGCAGCUAUAAAAUUAUCAUUAGAAGAAGAAGAAAUGAGAAAGCAAAAUAAUAACGACAAUAAUAAUUUAUUAGACUUGAAUGAUCAACAACAGCAACAACAACAACAACAACAACCUCAGUUCUAUUUAGCAACAGGAUAUUAUCAACAACCACAAUAUUAUCAACAACAGCAACAACAACCGUUUCAACAAUAUGAUAUGUUUGGAAAUCCAAUACAGAAUCCAAUGGAAACUGGUGUAUUUGAUCAACAACAAUAUUAUCAACAACAACAAGCACAACAGAGUCAACCAAACCAAUUUACUGGUUUCAACUAUGGUCAACCACAAUCUCAACAACAACAACAACCUUUACAACCUUUGAAAACAGGAUCAAAUAAUCCUUUUGCAUUAAAUUCAAAUGAUUCAAAACCACAACCACAAAGCUCACAAACAUUGAAUAACUUGGCACAACAAAGACAAGAAACUCAACAACCACAAUUUUUCACACAACCUACUCAAGUGCAACAAUAUCCUACAACUCCUUUAAAAGCACAAAAUACAUCUGGAUCAAGAUUUAACGAAUCUCAUGAAUUGAAUGAUUUGUUAACCCAAGGUACUGGUUUAGACACUUUCGGUAAUACUGGUGCAACAAGAAUACCACAUCAACAUACAAAAACUCAAAAUUUUAUAAAUUCAAGUGGUACAGGUUAUAGACAACAAACUGGAGAUCAAGGUCAUAGAAUAAGUUCAAAUGCAACUGGCAAUCCAUUUUUAAAUACUGGUAUUAGUUAUCAACAACAACAACAACAACAACAACAAGCUAUAAAUGCAGCAUAUACUGGAUAUGGAUUUGGUAAUCAACAACAACAGCCACAACAACAAAGAAAUGGUAAUGAUGGACCAAGUUUAAUAGAUAUUUAA